AUGAAAAUUCAUUGCGCCGCAAUCUUGGCCCUUGCUAGCAUCACAGAUGCCUUUUCCACUCAUUCUACAACUACACAACAACAAAUUUCAUCGACGAAACUCUUUUCAACUGACGAAGCCGAACCGGAAGAACCAGCUUCGGGCAGCUCUCGAUUCAAGGAAUUGAUGGAAGCUGCCAAGAGAGAUGGUGGAGGUGCCGAACCAUCUGGCACAGUCAUUCAAAAUCCAUUCUUGGCGACACCAGCUGCUCCAGCCCCCGCUGCCCCAGCUGCUGGCGGAAUCAACCUCGAAAAUAUGUCCAUUGAAGAUCAAGCUGCGUUGUUGCGUCAACUCAUGGCCAAUCCCGACGGAGGUGGAGACCCCAAUACGCCUCCUACGGGCAUGAAGGAAAAGCGCACGGAUGUCGCUGGACGACCCACGGGCCGCAAUCGCGAUGCGGAUGGGAUUUCGAAUACUUCUGACUUGUACUUUGCUCAAUUGAAGCGGGAUUCUACGGUUCGUACUUUGGCAAGACAACGAGGAGAAGAUGAAGUGGCCCAGGCGGUCAUGGAGGAUGGCGGAAUCAAGGAAUUGGGCAAUAUGUUGGUGGAGAAUCCAUAUUUGACAGGACAAAAGAAUGAAGAACAAACAUUUUUUGAUGCUAUUCCCGAGGAGAGUCUUGGACCUCACAUAUAUGCUUCAGACGCGCCAGCUAAACCAGUCAACACAUCUGGAAUCAAAUACAAGGAAAUCCUAAAGCAGAAGCGUUCCAAGGGUGUUGCCACAGAACCAGCAGCCACAGCAGUGGCAACACCUCCAGCACCAGAACCUGUGGCACAAGUGGCCGCAACCCAACCAGCGCCAGUUGUUGCCCAGCCACCCCAACCGGAACCAGUCGAGCUCCCACCUCCCGCGCAGCCCACUGUCACUUCGUACGCGGACGAAGAACGGCAAAAGCUCCGCACCUUUAUGGGUCUACUCCUGAAACACCGUGGUGGACCAGGAUUUGGUAAGGGUCGCCUAAAGGGAGCAGAAAUUGAUCGCUUUGAAACCAUGUUGGGUGAAAUCAUGACCAUGCUUCGAAAGGAAAGUAUGGAAGCAGCUCCCGCUGAAGUCCCCAUGAUGGCUGCGCCGGUUGCUGCCACACCAGCACCAGUGGCGCCAGCAGUUCCACAACCAGCUGUCGCCAGUGCUACCACUGACUUGACUCAAGUGGACGGAGCCGUUGCUUGCAUUGAAGGAGCCACCAUGAUGUACAAGAACAGCCCAGCUCAAUUGAGAGAAAGUCUAUUGGGUGCUCUUCGUGCUGCUCUCCUCGGAGCUGUCAAUACUUGUGGCCGAGCUGCUGGUGUUCCGGAAGUCACUGCCGAAGAAAUUGGAGGAUCCGCUGCGGCUGGUAUCAGUCAAAUUGAUGGUGUCAUUGCUUGCAUCGAUGGUGCUGUCACCAUGUACAAGAAUAGUCCUGAUGCUGUCAAACCAGACAUGUUGGUUGCUCUCCGUGCUGCGCUCGUCUCAGCCAUUGGUAUGUGCAACAGUGUCAUGGCCUCCACCGGAACUAGCGUCCCACCGCCAGCUUCAGUAAGUCCCGUUCCUACAAUCGAGACACCUCCACCACAACCACAGACCGUCGUCUCAUCUGCUCCUUCGAUUCCAAGUCCUGAAGUACAAGCUACGCCAGUAUCAGCUAUUGAAUCGGACGCAAACUCAAAGAAAUUGCAAAAGAUCUAUGACCAAGUCAAGGCAGCAUCAGGAAACGGCAGUCUUGGACUUCGCAGCGAUUUGACAUCUUCGGAAGCAUCCGAUUUGGCGGAUAGUUUGGUCGAAAUGAGAAGUGUGUUGAUGAAAGAGUUAAAUGAAGGAAUUCCAGCAGUAGGUGAAGGAGGGGCUCAACCAGUGGUAACCAAGGCGGCACCCGCAGCCAAGUCAUCGGCAGCUACUAGGUAUAAGGAAAUGUUGGCAAAGGCAAAAGCAGAAAAGGAAGCCAAUGCAGCCGUCUAA